AUUUUACUCGCUCGCGGAGUCGGGUUAUUGUAGAUUUACGUUUAGAGGACAUUUGCUUAAAACUGCAUUUGUGGGGUAAGGGCGGAAGCAAGCUUUACAAGGCUCAUGACGUCACUUGCCCUUACCCUGCGGUUGCUUUGCUUCAUUUUUCCUGACAAGCUGUCGCUGCGAUGCCUGCUGGCGUGUCGUGGUCUCGCUAUCUGAAGAUGCUUGGAGCGAGCGCUCUCUCCAUGUUUGCGGGUGCAGAGCUCGUGCACAGAUAUUACAGACCGGACCUUAGUGUGCCGGAAGUCCCCCCCAAGCCAGGUGAACUUAAAACAGAACUGCUUGGACUGAAAUCACGAGAGAACGAACGUGAAAGAAGCUAGCGCCUGAAACUGCAUUAUUUAUGUUACAUAUGCCUAUUUUUGACUAAUAAAAUUUCAUAAAAU